GCCCGCCUCCCCUCCGUCCCUCACGCUUAAAAAGAGAGGCAGACGGAGCCGAGUGUCACUCAGGCUGAAGAAUGAGGUCCUUAAAGCACCUGAAACUUCACAGCAGGAGGAGCGCGGAGGAGGCGAGCCGGCGCCUGGGUAGAUGUGAGCCCAAGGUAAUGGCCAGGCUGGUGGACAUAAGCACACAGACAGAUCCCGUAGUUGUGCUGUCCUUGGCCCAGGCCGCCGUGCUAGGUCUCAUCUCCCAGAAUGAAGUGUUUGGAGCUACCAUCGCACCCAAUGGCUUCUACACCGGCGAACCCAAAGAGUCCCCUGCACCGCCAGUAGACGGAGUCGACUACGAGUACGCAGACCAGCUUAUCGGUGCCAACGGAGAUUACCUCGGAGACAACUUAGGAGAAGACGGCCAGAUGCAGCCCAGCUGCAGCCAGAGGCGGUGGCAACAGGCGGCACCGCCACCGCAACACGUGGACACCAAAAUGGUCCUCCCUGACCGUCACGCCCUCCAAGGCAGUGACGUGACCUCCUCCCACGUGAAAGGGGAAGAGGUAACCUCUGCUAUGCCCUCUUGCGUCCACAUGCUGAACAAUAUGGCUCCCAGAGGGGGAUUAAUUCAGGUAGAUCCAGCCACUCUCAGAGGCCCCAACAAGAACUGUGCAGAGUGCGAGCGCGAAGUCACCAACCAGCAGCAAGCAAACACUCACGUCCAUCCUCCACCGGCCCAAGUGGUACAUAGAGGGGCAGAGCAGGGUCACAGGGGACUCCAGCCCCAGCGCCCUAUGGGGGGCCACUGUCGAGGAGCUAGAGGGGACGAAGAGGAGGUAGAACACCCGGGCAACACUAUGAUGAAGCCCAAUCAGCAGGAGGAAGCUAUCAGCAGCUACUUUCAGACCAGUGAGGUGGGCAGCUAUGACUCUACAGAAAUGGGCAUGGGCGGCGAGUACGAAGAUGGCGGCCAGAGCAUGAUGUGGACGGACGGGAGCGGCGGAGCGCAGCAUCAGCAGCCCCCACACCCUCAGCCUCCCCGGCGACAUGGCGGCCGCAGAGUGGACCGGCUGGACAUAAACAUCCAGAUCGACGAGUCGUACUGCGUGGAUGUUGGAGACGGCCUCAAGCGCUGGAAGUGUCGCAUGUGCGACAAGUCCUACACGUCCAAGUACAACCUGGUCACGCACAUCCUGGGCCACAACGGCAUCAAACCACAUGCCUGCCCGCACUGCGGGAAGCUCUUCAAGCAGCCCAGUCACCUUCAGACUCAUCUGCUGACCCACCAAGGAACGCGGCCCCACAAGUGCACUGUCUGCAAGAAGGGCUUCACCCAGACCAGCCACCUGAAGCGACACAUGCUCCAGCACACCGACGUCAAGCCAUACAGCUGCCGUUUCUGCCGCCGGGGCUUCGCCUACCCUAGCGAGCUGCGGGCGCACGAGGUGAAGCACGAGCGCGGCCGCUGCCACGUCUGCUCACAGUGCGGCAUGGAAUUCCCCACCUACGCCCACCUCAAGCGACACCAGACCAGCCACCAGGGCCCACACACCUUCCAGUGCACAGAGUGCAACAAGUCUUUUGCAUACCGGAGCCAGCUCCAGAACCAUCUGCUGAAGCACCAGAGCCCGCGGCCUUACACCUGCUCCCAGUGUGGCCUGGAGUUUGUGCAGCUCCACCACUUACGUCAGCACUCGCUAACUCAUAAGGGAAUGAAGGGCCACAAGUGCGAGGUGUGUUCCCGGGAGUUCACCCUGUCCGCCAACCUCAAGAGGCACAUGCUCAUCCACAACAGCGUCCGGCCCUUCCAGUGUCACGUCUGCUUCAAGAGCUUCAUCCAGAAGCAGACCCUGAAGACCCACAUGAUCGUCCAUCUGCCCGUCAAGCCUUUCAAAUGCAAGGUCUGUGGGAAGUCCUUCAAUAGAAUGUACAACCUGCUGGGCCACAUGCAUCUCCAUGCCGGCAAUAAGCCCUUUAAGUGUCCUUACUGCACCAGUAAGUUCAACCUGAAGGGGAACCUCAGCAGGCACAUGAAGGUCAAACAUGGAAUGGACGUCUCACCAGAAGGUCAAGAAACUCUUCCAGAAAUGGAAAGCCAAGGCGAAUAUGAAGGCCAGAACUUUAACUUUACAUCAACAGACAAUAUGGACAACAGCGGUUCCCAAAACCUCACAAAACUCACCACAGCGAACAUAGAGGACAUGGAGGAAUAUUACAAUUUCGGGAAGGAUACGAGCAGCUACACCACGCCCUCGGACCUCCUUCCAGAAUCUGACGGACGAUGAUGGGAGGCCUGGAAGGAGGCGCGCUUCAAAGGAGCUGUUUCAACCCCCGCCCACCUGCAGCAGAGACUCUGAAGCUGCUGAUUGGGGUUCUGGAAGCUCCUUUCACAUAAUAACCAGACUUACUGACUCACAAAACUGUCGCUGACGGACAGUCCAACCUCUAUGUUGUGUGUAUGUGUCGGUUACUUAAAAAGAAGAAAACACUGCAGAUGUGUUUAAAGAAAAAAGAAAGAGUCAUCGUUCGCCAUCUUCGUUCACACAUCCAACACACGGCAUCGUAUUCUGGACUGGAAGUGCCAGCUAGAAACAUUUUACGGCUCAUCUUCCACCCUGCCCACCUGUUGCUCAUUAAAUACUGAAGUUUUGAUAAAUAGUCACCACAUAUUUAUAGAUUUCAGGUCAAGAACUGCUGGCAUGUAAGGCCCUCUCACUGUACAGAUGUUUUCUGCGACAUGCAGCGUGUUUACCCACCAUUUCUAUUCCACAUGGUCUAGCUUUACAUGAAUAAUCUAUCCUGUGUAGUGAAUAUAUCACUCUAGUUUUUGAAUUACUGAGUAAAUGAUACGAAGCACUUUUUUGUUUUCUUUUUGGGUUGAAACUUUUCUUUUUGUUUGUUUGUUGGGGAAAUAAGAUUGUAAAAUCUUUCAACCCCAAAUAUGGCAAUAUUAUUAAACUAUAUUAUUAAACAACAGA